CAUCACACAUCGAAUAUUCUUAACAAGCGAAGCAGUGUAUGUGAUUUUGUUUAAUUUGCUGGAAAGUAUGUACGACAAAGGGAAGAAAAGAAUCAAUAAGGGGGACAAAAAUGUGAUGACAUACAAUAUGACAAAUAUACAGAUCAUCAAAUACUGGAUGAGGUUGAUAUUUACGUACGCUGUCCCAGUUGAGUCACUGCAGCAGCAGCUACAAACCAAGAAACCUCAAAUUGCAGUAGUUGGUACCCACAGUGAGAGCCUACCUGGGACCGAAAAAGACAAGAACAAGAAGAUUGAAGAACAGUUUGCAAAAAUAUUUGAAGAAAUCCAAGGCACUCCGUAUGAAUGUCACGUGGUGAGGAAAAUGUAUGCCAUCGACAACAAGUUUCCAACGCAAAGCAAUAUGCUGACAACACUUAAACAAGAUGUUGGUGGAUUUCUGAAAGCAAUGCCCAAAACCAUCCCGCUCAAAUGGCUUGAAUUCCAGCGUAUUUUGCAGGAGAAUGGUAGGACAGAAGUGCGAAUGAGUUAUUCUAAGGUCUGUGAAGUCGCCACUAGCUGUGGAAUUUCCGUGAAGAAUCUGAUCCACACCCUCAACUACCUACAUGAUCUUGGAAUCAUUUUGUACUUUGAGAACAACAAACUACUGAAGGACACAGUGAUAACAAACCCACGGAAACUGAUUGACAUCUUCAGGAAAAUCAUCACAGUGGUGGAACCUGAUGACAGUGAUAAGUGGGCUUCAAUGAUCAAGCUGUGGAAUAAACUUGAUAAUGAAGGUAUAUUGGAGGAAGAGGUAGUCAGACAUCUUUGGAGACAUGAGAUUAGCAAAGAUGAAUUUAGUUGUGAAGUCUUCUUGGAGUUGAUGAAGCAGUUUGGACUGCUCUGCGAGCAGAUCAAGAAUCAGGAAAGCAAAUAUCGCUCGUUUUUUGUACCCUGUCGAUUGAAACGUAGCAAAGACAAUGUGUCUAUUCAACUUGACACAGCUCAGAUGGUAUCUAUCUAUAUGGCCUCCGAGGAUUUCAUCCCUGAUAGUGUCUUCCAUCCUCUAGUUGUCAGCUUGAUUGGAAUGGUACAAGACAUGGGCUACAAAGCCAUGCUAGAAUUAUUUAGCAACUAUGCUAACAUCCGCUUAGGACUUGAACACAGUCUCAGCUUAGGACCAGUAGUCAUUAAUAACAAGCCCUCAUUGAAGUUGGAAAUAUUACGGAUGCCUAUCACUCAGGAGGAUGGUACCAAGACACCAACAGGUGAACCCAGUCCGAGAGUCUGUAUGCAGGUGUUAGAGUUUCUGAAGAAAGAGAUGCAAGUGCUGACAUCUGGAAUGAAGCACACACGUUAUAAGUUACGUGUCCUGUGCUGGACAAGCUUGCGAGAAAUGCAUUUCCACGAUUUGGAAGAGUGCCUGGAAAAUGCCUAUAUCCCAUGCGGUAAGGAAUUGAUAACCACAGCCAAACUUCAGAGGAUGUUCAAGAAUAAGCAAUUAAAGACAG